UCGCCAUCUUGUUGUAGUGUAACUACAAGAGACAUCAGUCCAAAAUCUCUAUAAUUCCUUGUUCUGUGCAUUCAAAUAUUUGUAAACAGAAAAUGUAAAGUUAUUUAUUGUUAUAUGUCGGACAUUGCUUAAUUAUAAAUGAAACUAUACAUUUAUUAACAUGGCAGACAUAUUAGUAUGUCGGAUUUGUUUGUCGAAAGACAAGAAGUUGUUUAAUUUAUUUGAUAACAAAUUGGCGGAACCAUUUGAAAUUCUUACUGGAAUACAGAUAUCAGAAAGUGAUGGUCUGCCACAUAAAAUAUGCAGCUUUUGCAGUACUCUGCUUCAGAAAUGUGUGUCUUUUAAAGAAAAAUGCUUAAGUAGUCAUGAGUUUCUUAAAUACUCUGUACUGGAACAUGGAAUGGUCUCAGUUAAUUAUCUGCACACAUUUAACAAGGAACUAAACUUCUCACAGACAACUAAUACUGACACAUUACCCAUAGACAAUGAGGAACAGAUAAAAUUAGAAGACAUAGAUGAAAAUAUCGAAGAUGCGAGAGUUAAAAAGAAAUUUAAAAAAGAGAAAAGGAAAAGAGAUGAGAUUAACUUUGAAAAUGUCAUUGUUAAGAAGGAGGAAAUGUUCGAUUAUGACGAUUUGGAUUUCCCAGUGGCCGAUUCUGAUGUUCCAGAAGUAAUAGAAGAUGUAGAUAUUAUAGUUUUAACUAAACAGGAACAGAUAGAUGAAGUGGAAGCGAGAAAGAUGUCUGUAAAUUAUUUAAAUUCCUUCUACAAAUGUGAUAAUUGUUACAAAGGUUUUAUAACUGAAUCGACAUUUAGAAAUCAUAUGGCUAAAUAUGAUUCGAAAAACGGUGACUUUAUAUGCGAGGUAUGUUCUGCUCGUCGUCCGAGUGCGAGAUUGUUGCGUGCGCAUGUUCUCUCCUCGCAUGCACGUAAAUAUAUAUGCAAGCUAUGCGGUCAUGUGUCACGGGAAAGUUACAAAGCAAAGGAACAUUCCAAUUGGCAUAAAGGAUUUUCAUUUAUAUGCAAAAUAUGUGGCGCUACUUUUGUUAAAUCGACCAGUCAUUUGACUCACAUGAGAUUGCAACAUCCGUCAAAUAGCUCGUGUGAUAUUUGUGGAGAGUCUUUCAUAGGGGAACAUGGACUCAAAAUGCAUAAGCGACGCGCACACAGAGACGAACAGGAACAAGAAACAAAAGUCGUAUCACAAUGUGCAACAUGUUCCGCUGAGUUUUUCAAUAUGGAUGCGUUGAAGAAACAUUUAGAUGACGUGAAGGAUGGUGUUUGUGAUACUGAUCUGAGAUGGUGUCCAUAUUGUGGCUUGGGUUUAGAAAAUAUAGAGAAUUUCAAAGAACAUAUAAAAUUACAUCAAAAAGAAAUCGUCCCAUGUCAAGAUGUAAGUAUACAAGAGUUCGAAAAUAUCAUUUUUUUACCAGCAAACAUCCAUCUAAACUUUCGCAUUUAUAAUGUUAGUGUUUUCUAUAUUUUUGUAAUAUAUUUUCAGUCUAAAGCCAUAUUGACAUAUCAUCAAAGGAUCCAUACAGGAGAGAAACCCUACCAAUGUACAGAAUGCCCCAAAAAGUUUGGUUUACAGCAGCAAUUGACGAUUCACAUGCGUAUUCACACAGGCGAAUGUCCAUAUAAAUGUCCACAUUGUCCUAAAGCGUUUAAACAUAAAGCUGCCCUCAACAGACAUGAUCGGGUACAUACAGGAGUGAAGCCGUACAUCUGCCCGCAUUGCGGGAAAACAUUCACUCAGUCUAAUUCAAUGAAACUGCACGUUAAUACAGUGCAUUUGAAAAUGCCCGACCCUUAUAGGAAUCGACGGAAGAAAAACUUGUAAAAUCCAAUAAAUAUAAUUUCAGUACU